AUGCAGAAUGUCCUAGAUAACAUUGAACUUUCAAUUGAGGAGCUAACUGAAAAUGAUCACCAGUCUCAAGAGGAAUGGAUGAUGCUAUCACAGUUUCAUAGUUGUGGUGUUAACUGUAAUGCUAAAAAUCCAAAAGGAAGCUGCAACUACAAUUGGCACUUAGACUGUACAAAGUAUAGUGAACAGGAUUUAGGGGAAAUGCCUAAUUGGGUUAAAACCAAAAAGGACAAUGCUAGUGCAGAAAUUAGGAAAGGUGAACAAAUUGACAUUAACAGUUUCAGUGAAAAACAAAAGCUUGUAUAUGACAUUAUAGUAUACCAUUCCAAGUUACCAACUGAAUCUAAAUCACCUCUUCUGAUCAUAAUAAUUGGUGAAGCAGGAACAGACAAGAGUUAUCUUAUAAAUGGCAUUUUUAACUAUCUUAAAAAUAAAUGUGUUAUUACAGCAACAACUGGUAAGGCGGCCUUCAAUAUUAGUGGUGUGACCAUUCAUUCUUUUUUGAAGCUUCCUAUAGGUAGUCUGCGUCAAAACGAUUUAUCUGGGCAAAGUCUUCUUAAUUUGCAAGAACAGUUAUUGGGUAUUGACUACCUGCUGAUUGAUGAAUAUUCUAUGCUUGGUCAAACUACGAUGGGCUGGAUAGAUAGAUAG